AUGGGUAGAAUAAAAGAAAAUUACACGGGUUGGAUUGCUCGUGUGUCCACGAGACAAAUCCUAUUUGAAAUGGAUGGUGUGAGUUUGUCAUAUGUUCAAUGA